ACACCUGGCAACCCCGAAAAGGGGCGGAUAUAACCGGUUUCGUUGAUCAAAACCCUCCGUCCGUGAUUUUCCAAACAUAUCCGAGCUACAGAAAGGAUUUUGUGGCGCAUAAACAUCGCGUCGCCAUUUUUUUAAAGAACAAGAACAAAAACAAAACAAAAACAAAAACAAAAAAAAACGGGCGCGUGCGAGACUGAGCGCAGCAUCAGCACCAAACCGCAGCAUCCUCCGGCAUCAGACAUCUGUCUGCUUCCUGCUUUAGAGAAUUCAUCUGAUUAGCAGUGUAUUAUGGGGAUUUCUGCACCUUUUUACGGGCUACAUCGUGUCCUGUUGCAGCUGGAGUAGUGAAAAUGGAGUUUACUUCACUUUUAGCCAGAACAUACAGUAUGUCUUUACUGAAGAAAUCUGGCUCAGAAGUAGUGAUAACGUGAAGGAAAACGCUGAAGGACUAAAGCGCCGCUGCAUCAGUAGCAAAAGUUAAAAAAGAAUGAAUGACGAGGAGAACCCUGCUGCUGAACCUGUACAGGUUCUGGAUGUCCAGGGUGAUGGACGCUGGAUAUCACAGCACAACCGCUUCGUGCAGGAAUGUAAAGAUGCAGAACCUGACGUGCUGUUUGUAGGGGACUCCAUGGUUCAGCUGAUGCAACAAUAUGAGGUUUGGCGAGAGUUGUUUUCUCCACUCCAUGCGCUCAACUUUGGGAUUGGAGGAGACACGACGUGCAACGUUCUGUGGAGGCUUCAGAACGGAGAACUGGAGAACAUCAGGCCAAGGGUGGUGGUGCUGUGGGUAGGAACCAAUAAUCACGAGCACACGGCAGAGCAGGUCGCAGGGGGCAUCGUGACCAUAGUACAGCUGCUCAUCUCACGCCUUCCCAAGGCCAAGAUCGUUGUCCUGGGUCUGUUACCCAGGGGCGAGUUCCCCAACCCUCUGAGGGAGAAAAACGCAGCAGUAAACACCUACCUGCGCUGCGCCCUUCCCCGUCUCGGACCCAUACAGUUCCUGGACGUGGGUGGCGGCUUUGUGCACUCUGACGGCACCAUUUCCAGCCGAGAUAUGUUUGACUUCCUGCACCUGACGGCCAGUGGGUACGGUGCCAUGGCCACGCCCCUGCACGAGCUGCUGCUCCAGCUGUUGGAGGAGACACCGCAGGAAAGGCGGGCCUCGCUCGUGUAAGAGAAGGUGACGGGACCACGGCGAGGUUCAGAGAGGCGGGAUCAGGAAUCUGUCUCAUUCUUUAAGUGGAACAUGUACAUCAUUACAUAUUAUAUGCGGAGAGAGAGAGAGUGAGAGAGAGAGUGAGAGAGAGUCAUAAAUGUUGGCAAAAUGUGGAAAAAAUGUUCUUUGCUAAUUUUCAGAAAUAUGUAUUUUAAUCACUUGGGUUUUUUUCUAAUGUGCUUUAACUUAUUUAAGUGUUGAGACUUAGACAAAGUCCUCACAAAUCACCCAAGCACUGUGUGUGUGUGUGUGUGUGUGUGUGUGUGUGUGUGUGUGUGCACGCAUGUUUGUGUGUGCGCACAUGUCUGUGUGUGACCAAGCGUGUGUGUGUGUGUGUGUGUGUGUGUGUGUGUGUG